CGCGAUAAACGUCGGGGGGUAUUUGUUUUGGCGUUCAUGGAAACGCAUGAUUUACCUAGCUGUUUUUGUGUAAACCUCUUAGUAAGACUCGAAGUUUUACAAGUUCAGAUAUCAGUUCAACUUAAAUUCAUUUAAAUGAUGUUAGAGGAAAUGAUAAACUUCAAUUGCGACGAGUUCAAAGUUGAUGAUUUGGAAAUCGACCAUGAAGAUAAGAUCCUCAAACAAGAGCUUAAUCAGCUUAUAUCUGAACAGUUGGGUGACUUUGACUUGAGUGAUGAAGAAGAUCAACCAGAGGAAAUUCGUAUGGUCCAUUGUUCAUCAGACUUUGCCGAGGGUGAGACUGUUCCAAUCAACCCGGACGAUGUAGUGAGCAUCUUAGAGACUGAGAAACUGUCGUUGUUAGAGGGUGCUAUUCAAAGGUUUGGAGAAUGUUCGGAAAAUGCAACCACUGGUUCGAAAGAUUUAACAAGUCCAGUAUGUGAUGGUUUAGAUUCAUGUAAUCGUCAUAAAUUGUCGAAGUCAUCGGGUCAGUACAAUAAAGACCCUCAAAUCAUUCAACGACCUGACAAUUCCAGCAGCGAGUCUGAUAGAUAUGAAAAUCGUACCAAUGAUCACUCGGUCUCAGAAACUACUAUGUGUGGUAGUAUCCAACACUCCUGUCUUCCCUCUUUUGUCGAUUGUCUAUCACAGAACAAGGCUUCAACCAAAGCUCCUGGUACUCAUCCGAGCAUCAAUUGGGAUUUAAGUCUUCCCGGUGAAGUGGAGGACGGAUUAUACAAGGUUGCACAGAAUGAAAACAUGUGUAUGACACAAGGUUGUCAUACCAUUUCUGGCCACAAAAAUUGCAUUCAAGCCUCAAUAUCACCUUGGUCAUUUAUACCUGAUGCAUCACUGGGUUAUCAAGAAAGUGUUUCUUGUUCAAGAAAUCCCAAAGCUUCUACUUCACUUCAUGCAGUCUAUAACGAUAUGAUUCAAGCUAGUAUUUCUGUGGACACAAAAUCACAUUUAGUGAGUGAAACGGCAGUUAAAGCUGGAUCACAAACAACUGAGUUAACUCCUUGUAUCACAUCAUCUAUAACAUAUAGUGGGAAUCAGGAUUUAGAUUCUCAUUUACUGGCUGUUGGUAAACAGGAUCGUCGUGAGUUACUUUAUAAUGCUCGGGGACAUCAACUACAGGAGUUACAAAUGGAAGUUAUUGAAUUAAAAGAAGCAAUCGCAAAGGAAAAGCGCUUGUCUAAUCAUCGUGCGUUGUUAGCUGAAGGAGAAAAGGAGACGCUGCGUUCCAAACUGUCAACAUUAGAAGACACUGUGAGGUCAUUACGUCAGGAGCUUGUAAAAAAACAGGAAAGCUCUGAAGUCUUGCAGAAACAGUUGCAGCAGAAUGACGAGUCCCAGAAAAAGUUGGGUGAGGAACUUUCAGCUUUACGUUCAGCCAAUGAGUCGUUAUCCAGUCAGUUAGUUGAACUUACUACAGGGAAUGCUUUGAAACGAGCCGAGGAAAGAGAAGCACAGCUUGCACAAUCGUUCGAACAACGUUUUGUUUCGAAAACUGAAGAAAUUAAGGCUGAAUUAAAGACAACGCGGAAAAAUUUAAACGAAAGGGAAAUCGAAGUUACUAAUUUACGCCGACAGUUAGAAAUUUCUAAGGCUGAAGCAAUUAAAGCACAACAAACACACAAUGAAAUGAUUAAAGAAACCAAUAAACAGUUGGAAGAGGCUCAGAAGCAUUGCCAACAACUAGCUUCAUCUGCUUUGUGCUCAGAAGUGACAUCUUUAAGACAAAAAGUCAUUGAGUUGGAAACUUCUAAAAGGAUUACGGAAGAUGUGAAUAAAAUUUUACAGGAUGAAUUACGUGAUUUUCGAGAACAGGUUGGCAUUUAUGAAAACGUUUUAAAGUUGGAUAUGUAUUGUCAUAAUAGUGGAGAUAAUAUAGAUCCAGCUAUAAAUGAUCCAAGUGAUUGCACACCAUAUGCCAUUAAAGGACGUCAUACUGGCAAAUCUGUUGCCUUUGCUAAUGUUGAUGUGGUUGAAAACAAGCAUAAUAAUUCAGUUCAUCAACGUCCAUCUUCAGCCACUGAACGACCUAUUCAUCAUAACUUUGAUGACAACUUCAGUAUUUUUGAUGCUUGGAAUUCAGAUGAACAGUCUCGCCAAUACCGCGUCCAAGACUCAGGUAGUAAACAAGUACGUAGCGAUAAUGAUGAGCUGGUAGAUAAGUCGGGUGACUGUAAACAAAGCCUGUUUCAGUCCUUAACUCGUCAGGGCAUAUUAACUAGUACACCGGCAGUAGCAAUAACCUCACCAAAAUCGCCAAUGGCCAGAUUACGUGCUGAACUUGAAAGAUGUCUUUUAAACUACAAAGCAAAGCGAGAACAAAUAACUAGACUUCAUGAGGUUUUGUAUACAACACGUUGUCAGCUACAUCAGUCAAGAGAAGCAACCGAAAAGGCUGAAAAAUCAGCUAAACUUUUACAGGAACGUGUUCUAUCGAUGGAACAAGAAGUAUUAACUCUGCGCAGUAUUGGUGAUAAUCCUGGACCUAGAGAACUUCUACUUGGUGGUCAGUUGGAACGUUUGAGAGGAGAUUAUAUUCAUCUGGAAGAAGAGUUACAGGCAACGCGUACUCGUUUACAAGCUGCUCUUGGUGCUGAAGCGAAAGCUUUGGAAGCUGAGAAGACUGCCAGUGAACGCUUGGCUGCAAGUGUAGCAGAGAGAGAUGCAGCUGUAGAUAGAGCUAGAGCAGUAUGCGAAGCCCAUUAUACUGCAAUGCGUCGACGUCUGGAAGCAGAUUGGGCAAAUGAAAGAGAAAUUAAUACACGUCAUGCUGAAGAAAAAGUUGCAGGUGUGAAGAAGAAACUUAUUGGAAUGCAACAAGAAGUUGAAAGGGUUACAAACUUAUAUCAAGAAAGUCACUUGUCUGCUAAAAAGGCCGUGGAAGAUGCUCUUAUGGAGGCCAUGAAAUUAAGAGAAGCUGAGAGAAUGCGCUUUUGGAGGGAAGAGCUUCCUGAACAGAUUGAAAUUGCUCGGCAGACAUGGAUUUUGGAGAUGAAAGCACAGCAUACUAGUGUCAAUCCUGAUAACAAGGACUUAAAGGAUAAAGGCAUCCAGACGAAGAAAUUUGUAUCCGUAGAUAAAGCUGUUAAUGCAUCUCACAUCUCCACGUCUUCCAUACAUGUUCAAACUGAACUCUGUGAUUUACUAUCUGUAAAGUUUGGAUUAACUUUAAAUGAUCCAACACUGAUCAGUUUUCAGAAGAGUGAAUUUAAAUCUACUAUUCUCCAUAAAUAUCCUACAUUAUCUCAGUACUUGUCUAUAGAAUGCCUUCAUUACUUAUGUACACAUUUGACUGAAACAUCCAGUAUGAAUUUAUCUAGCUUGGAAAGAGAAAUUUCGAAUUCUGCCCAUGUUGUUCUCAAACACCUAUUUCAGGGAUUCUUGAAACAGAUCGAUGGAGAGGUAGACAGACUAGUGAAUGAGUAUAGAGUGGCGCAUAUUUUUAAUGAGAAUGCAGACAAGAACUUCCCAAUAUUUACUUCACUAUCAAACUCUUUGAAUAACGAAUCUACUAAGUCAACUGAAAUUAUUGAACAAUCGUCUACAGAUACCUGUACAUUGAAUUUUAGCUUCAAAAAUUCUGAAAUUCAGUUGUCUAAAUCUGCGGAUAGUGAAUAUCAGUCUUUGAUCACGAAAAUUCGUGUGUUAGCAUUAAACUUGAGUGAAUCAAAUGAAUGUUUACGCAAAUUGCGUAAUUCAUCUUUAAAUCGAGCACCAAACUCUUGUGAGCAUAAAUAUAUACAAGUCAGUGGUCUUGAAGCUCCUCAUUACUAUUCUACUCUGGAGAAGAUUAAAGUUGAUGUUUUAAAUUACGUUGAAUUGUGUCAGUCUCGUGCUGCACAAACACUUCACUCAGAGCUUGCUCGUGUGCACAGAAGAGCUUGUAGGCAGUUUACUGGUCAACUUCGUCAAGCUUUACAUGAUGCUGGUGCACCGGUUUUUCCUACUGUUCGACGUGAACACUUUCCCGGCAAAAAUACUAAUUUGUUAAAUAAUGUCCCGUUAAAUAAGGAUUCCAGUCCUACCAAGAAAAAUCCAAUUGGUGCCAGUGGCUAUUUUCGGGAUUUGGAGUUAACAGAAGGAUUUCAGACUGAUGUUACAUCACCAAAUUCACAUACAUACUUAGAAUCAUUACUACAUGUUAUCGACGAAGUUUGUGCUUCAACAGAAGCUAGAUUUUAUACAGAUACCACAACUGGAUCCCGCUUAUUCAGCCGAUUAACUGAAUCAAAAUCUCAUUCAAAGGAUUGUGCACAACACCAGCAUAUAGAUAGCUCAUACGUAAAUAAUGAUGCAGAAGUUGUAGCUACUUCAUCACAAAACGCUGUUGUACAUACACCUUAUAUUAUGCCAAAAAAUAAACGGGAUCGGUUAUUGACACCUCAAAAUUGUUUUGCUACGAAUCCAUGUCAGGAAUUAUCUGUCACAAGUUCACCUGAUCAGUUUCCAAGUGAGAUAAAACCCAAUGAUAGUUUAUCACCAAAAAUCGCAAAUAAUAUUCAUUCGAAGUAUUUAUUUCAUACUGAAAAUGUGUUACCCUCAACGCAUUCCUCAAAUUCAACUGUACAGAUGAAAUUUGUUGACAGUAACACUGGCAAACCGAUACCAACACCUCGAAUCACGCGUCCGUAUUAUGAUAAUUUUGUUAAACUGUCUAAGCCUAUUAAUUUGUUACAGUCUACACCAGUGGAUUCGACGUGUUCUGACAGCUGUGAUAGAAAACCUGUACACACAGAACUUUAUAAGUUAUUUGAAAAUUUGUAUAGUAAUCAGUUACCAAAUACUACUACUACUACUACUACUACUACUACUACUACUACUACUACUACUACUACUACUAAUAAUAAUAAUAAUAAUAAUAAUAAUGAUAAUAAUAAUAAUAACCACUCUGAAGAAAAGAAAGUUUUGCAAUGAUUAUCUUCCUUUUAUAUAUUAUAGUCUUCCGUCAAUUAGAUAACAUUACCUGAAGUUAAUAUUUUUGUGUAUAUUAACUUUAUUCUUUUUUGUACAUUACCUUAUUUCUGUUCCGAGCGAUCUUUGGAUAUUUCAUUUACAGCUAAUAAUGUUCCCAGUUAACUUGUUUUCAGUCAUGUGUUGCUGUCAAGGUGUUCAAUGAUUGUGCACUGCAUACAUUAUAUUUUUUAUCCAGAUAAUUUAUGAAAUUUUUCUGUAGGUUUGUUAUUUUCAUUUACUUCUUCAGCCUUUAUUGAGUUUCUUUUGUUUUUUUAUGUCCAAGGACUUGAAUAUGUUUUUUUUACCUGUAUAAAUG